AACCUUUAAUAAAUGAUAUUAUAGAACUGGAAGCAGGUUGCGUCCUGUGUAUCUACUAAGACUCCUGAUGUGGUCAAGUCCUGGAUAGAACGGGAGAAAAUGAAACAAUCUUUUGCCCUGGAAAGACGGGUGGUCAAACCUGACGGAAAAGUUGAGGUGUUAAUGGAUGGAAUGAAGAAGUCUAAGAAGAUAGGGGAUGUACUAGAGGAACCUACCGAAGAUUUUAAUACCCCUGACCAACGCGAAAACAUUACAAUUGAGGAGACCCUGGUCAGACCUAAACCUGAGAAUCCGACGGAUAAAUGGCUUCAGAUGAUUGAAGAUGAUGCGGAGAAAGAGGAAAAGAAAAGGGAAUCUGCAGGUAAGCACUUUAACUUUUGUUUGAAAGAGAUGUUUUUGUUCCCAGGACAUGAUCGGGUUGUUACAAUUGAAUCUCGAAAUAUUUCUAUUGCGAAAAUUUGGUGUUGGAGGGGUUUUUGUAUUUGACAAGAUUCCAGCUGC